AGCAGCGAAUAAAACAACAAAAAUUGGUAGAAAACGCUAUACUCGUAGAUAGAAUUGGGAACAAUUAGUGUUAGAAAAGAUGAACAGUGAUCCGACGAUGACUUCAACGUCUACGUCGACAACGCUAUCGUCGUUAAAUAGUAUCCCUACUAUAUCGGCAGCAGUGUCUAGUACAGGACUAAUUGGAAGUGGUGCCGCCGAAGGUGAUGUAAGAGAUGGAGAGAAGCCCGUCAAUACAAUUGAAGUUGUUCAACGGAAAUUUAAGGACAAUGAAAAAGUUUUAUCGAUUUUCGAAGCCUAUCAAAUUAUUGGCCAGGAACAUCGCAGUCGAUUGUUGGCGUUAGUGGUUUCAGUGGCGGGUGGAACGUAUGCAGUUUUUUCAUUGGCAACUGCACGAUUACCCCCACGCAAUGUCAACGACUUAUCUAUUGAUAAGGUUUUCGCAUUAAACGAGAGCUUUCAAUUCGGAAGCGAUAAAAAAGGUUCAAUAUCACAAUUGCAAUUUGAUAUCAGCACGGCAGAUGAAUCGGCCGUGAAAUAUUUCUAUUACCCGAUCAUAUCAACAGACGGCGCUUCAGAUUUCGAAACGUUCCAUGCACAAGUCGUAUCAGCGAAAUUUUCUAUGACACACUCGACGAUGACCACGGAUUCGGUAUUAAGUUAUAGUUGGCUCAAUGAUUAUCGACAGAUUGGCGAAGUGAAACAAGAGCUGAAACGACGCGAGAACGAGUACAUUGUCUUUAAAGACUAUAUAGUUUACUGCGCCACUUGGAAUGUUAAUAAUAAACCGUAUAGCGAAUGUCCAUUACAAUUGUGGCUAUCAAAUGGUGAUGUAUCGGCGGACAUAUAUGCAAUUGGUCUGCAGGAACUAGAUACGUCAGCAAAAGCCACAGCAUUCGGUGAAAAUCGUCCUGACCCACUAUGGAUAAAUAAAAUGCUCUCAAGUCUACACAAGGAUGGCGAAUAUGAAGAGUUAACUAGUGUGCGCCUAGUGGGUAUGAUGCUAACUAUUAUCAUACGUAAGCAAUUGCGGCCAUAUAUUGCUCGUUGUCGUGUUAAAACUGUUGCUCGCGGAGUUUUCAAUACGCUUGGCAAUAAAGGCGGUGUUGCGGUCAGCAUUCAGCUGAACGAAGGCAAUAUCUGCUUUGUGAACUCCCAUUUAGCUGCACAUAUGGGUUUUGUUGAGGCACGCAAUGAAGACUAUGCGGGUAUUGUACGUGGUUUAGUUUUCGACGACGAAUUAAAACGCACCAUAAAUGAUCAUGAUCAUAUAUUUUGGGUUGGAGACUUAAACUACCGUAUUGAGGAACCACCUGGUUUGCAACUGCCAUGCAAUCGUGCUUCAAACGCUUACGAUGUACUUAUGAAAUAUGAUCAAUUACGUGUUGAGAUGGGUAAAGGUAACUGUUUCGAUGGCUACUCUGAAGGGCCAAUCAAAUUUCGACCCUCUUAUAAAUAUGAUAUAGGUACAGAUAAUUUUGAUAGCAGUGAGAAACAAAGGGCACCGGCUUUCUGUGAUCGCGUGCUCUGGAAAGGGGUACGAAUUGAGCAAUUAGCUUACAACAGCAUAAUGGAAAUACGUAAGAGUGAUCACAAGCCCGUUUAUGCCAUAUUUCGUGUAAAGAUUAAAAAUAAAGAUGAGAAACGUUACAAGCGGGUACACGAAGAGGUAUUGAAGUUGGUCGAUAAACGUGAAAAUGAAAAUCAACCACAGAUAAUGGUCGAUAAGACCGUUAUUGAUUUUGGCGUUGUUCGUUUCAAUGAACUAGCAGUGUGUGACUUUACUGUGUCGAAUAACUGUCCGAUGCCGGUUGAAUUUAUGUUCAAAGUCAAGGACCCGCCCCUUAAUGACAUUUGCGAAAAGUGGUUGCAAGUAGAGCCGCGUGCCGAAUUGCUCAUGACCGAUAGCACCAAACGUAUACGAGUAAUUACUUGCCGAUGUGCGCUCCAUUACGGAUUGUUGAAAAAAAUACGAACUACUAAUUGGAAAUUCGAUUUUGACAUUUUGAUUUUGCAUGUAAAAAAUGGGCCAGACAUUUUUCUUACGGUAACGGGUGAAUACAAGCCGAGUUGUUUUGGACUUUCAGUAGAAACACUUUGCCGCACCGAACGACCGCUAAGCGACUACACGCAAGCUCAGAUUAAGGAAUUGAUGAACGAUGAUUCACCAGAAUUCCGUGUAACAAUGCCACGCGAAUUCUUUUUUCUCAUCGACUAUCUACACAAACAGGGUGACAAAGUGGAGGGUGCUUUUGCGACAUUGGAGUACAAGCAUGUACGUAGCUCUCAAUUUAAUGUUAUACGUGAUUGGCUGGACACUUGGUCAACUGCCGAGUUUCCUGGUACCCCACAAGCCGCUGCUGAGGCCCUAUUAAUGCUCUUGGACUUGCCAGAAAUGCCAUUGCUAGACCCAUUUGUUGAAGAUCUGCUGCAAACGAAUACGACUGCUGAGGCAAUGGAGUUAAUAGCAUUGCUAAGCUCGCCGCGUCGCAAUGUAUUCGUGCAUUUGUGCAUGUUUCUACGCCAAGGCAUAGAGCGAGAGUACUAUAAUUUGCAACAAGUUGCUAGCGUAUUCGGACGCGUAUUGUUGCGCAGCACUACUCACGGUGGACGAGAUAUUUAUCGUGAGACGCGCUGCCGCGAUUUCAUGCAUCGUUUCGUCAGCAGCGAUGUGGGUGGCACGCUGUCAGCAGGUGUUAUCGGCGUAAUUAGUGGUGUCGACGGAAGCGCUGGUGCUGAAGGCGCUGGCGGGGGCGCCAGUGGGGAUGGAAAUGCCGUUGAUCGCGUUAAUGCACUCGAUUCCACUUAAAUACAUACUGUUUGAGCUCCUGUGUCUUUGUGUUUAUAAUUUGCAAUAGUUCAACGUGAGCAAUUUUCGCAAUGCUAUUAUUCUCAUUUUUUAGCUUACAUAACUUAACAUUUAAAAUAAGCUUGUGAUUUGUGUUUGAAUAUAUAUGUAUGUAUGUAUACUUGUUUAUAUGCAUGCAAAAAAGCUUCCAGCAACAUGAUAUGUUUGCUGUCUACUUAUGUACACAUUAGCAUAACUCGUGCAUCUUUUUUAAGGUUUUACUAUAUGUUAGCUUCUUACUCCGAUAAGAGUGCAUUAACGACUUAAUAUGCAUACCUACACUCUUAUGUUUCAUAAACUACUUAAUGUUCUGCAUUUUAAACAAUUAGGUAAGAGCUGGAGCUGGAGCUGUUAACGAAUUUUCACACAAGUAACAAAUCUAAAAUAUAAAAUUAUUGUAGAUCCUUUAUGUAAUUUCUAAACCACAUCUAGUGCAAAGCAUUUAUGUAAAAGAAAUUGUCGAAUCACAGCAUCCCCUGCGCUUAUAAAAUCAAAAAUCCCUAGAAUUAAUCGAUUUAUAUUGAACAUAUUGAGUCCUAACCGUCAGAAAAAUAUCGCAUACUUUUUUCGGCGGUUAGGGCUCGAUAUAGUGAAGAAUACUUUUUACUUUGGUAGUACUCGGCUCGCCAUCACAUUAUUUACAUACUUAAAAUUAUUUGCUUUAGUUGAAUAUGUACAUUCUCUAAAGUGGCGUUGGAAAAGGGAUUCAUUUUUACUGCAUUGAAUUGCAGCUUGUUGCAUUUGUUUCCAUAUUUUGCAGUAGAGAAAUUGAAUCAGUAAAAGCAAAAAUAUGUAGAGAAAUCAAACCAUAGCAUAGCGAAGCAUCUAUGAAUAAAUUUAUUUCAUAGUAUUCAAUUUAGUCAUAAGUUGAUAAUAGUUAAUUGUCGAUGUAUUAAUACUGUCAUAAAGUUGUGCAAGUGAAAUUAUUAAAAAGUGCAAAGUACCCAAUAAACGUCUAUUAAAAGAUAGAGCCUUGUUUUUUCAUUGAUGAUUUUUAUGAAGAUGUGAAG